AUGGGCUCCAUUGGUGCUUCCACAUUCAAUGUCCUCGACGACACUCGUCCCGAGGACACUUCCAUGCCUGCCUUUAUGGUUUCCACUACCCGCGGCUUCCUUCCCCGUGCCGACCCUGUCGUUACCCUUCCCAAAGAGUUUGAGGCCCUCGAGUCCAUCCUUCAGCGCAUGCCUGUCAAGACCCUCUCUGGCGAGCCCGGUCUGUUGGCUGAGUCUAAGCUUGGUCCCGAGGUUGACAGCAGCUUCCCUGACCUGACUGAUGCAAUGGACCUCUACAAGGACAACCUCCCUGUCAUGAACGCCCUCUACCGUGACUACUCUUUCCUUGCCUCUGCCUAUCUUCUUGAGCCAUGCCACGAGCGCUUUGUCCGUGGUGAGGAGUACGGCCUCGGUCGCCAGACUCUGCCCAAGCAAAUCGCCCACCCGAUUGCCCGCUGUGCUGAGAUUUGCGGCUUCCAGCCCUUCAUGGAGUACGCUGGCUCAUACGCUCUCUUCAACUACCGGCUCGAGGACCCCUCCAAGGGUCUCGAGUAUGACAACCUGCGUCUGGUCCGCGCCUUUGAGCACGGUCUGCAUCACGACUCCUCAGAGGCCGGCUUUGUUCUCGUCCACAUUGACAUGGUCCGCAACUCUGGUCCUCUCGUCGCCGGUGUCAUGAAGAGCUUCGAGGCUGCCACCAAGACUGCCGCUGGUGGCAAUGUUGCUGAGCUUCGCAAGGGCCUCAACGAGGGUCUUGAGGAUAUCCUCGGCGCCAUGAAGAAGAUCAACGCCGUCAUGGAGACCAUGUGGGCAAAGUCUCGUCCUACCGAGUACACCAGCUUCCGCACCUUCAUCUUUGGCAUCACUUCUCAAUCCAUGUUCCCCAACGGUGUCGUGUAUGAGGGUCUGAACGACAACAAGCCCAUGUCUUUCCGUGGCGAGAGUGGAGCCAACGACUCGAUGGUGCCGCUCAUGGACAACUUCCUUCAGGUCCCCAUGCCUGAAACCCCCCUCACCGAGAUCCUCAAGGACUUCCGCAAGUACCGCCCCAGCAACCACAAAGCUUUCCUCCUGUUCGCCAAGGAGCGCUCCGAGGAGCUCAACCUUCGCAACUUUGCCCUCGGCCUCAAGGGCUCCACCCCUCCCGCCACCGAGGAGGAGCGCGAUCUCCUCCGCAUCACUCGCAGCCUCUGGCUCCAGAUCCUCAACCAGGUCCGCGACUUCCGCUGGCGUCACUGGUGCUUCGCUCGCGAGUACAUUCUCAAGCGCACCUCUCACCCUACGGCCACUGGUGGCUCCCCCAUUGUCACCUGGCUGCCCAACCAGCUCUUCGCUGUCCUUGACGAUAUGGCUGUCAUCCACAAGAUUGGCCAGGAAGAUGGCAAGGGCCUUGGCGCUACCGCCGAGGACGUCAUGGAGGCUGCUCUGCGUCAGCGCGAUACUCUCCAGAAGGAAGUUGACAAGUACUGCGCUGAGCGUGGCGUCCAGCGCAGCUAG